AUGGUGUUGCUGGUGCUCAUCGUCUAUGUCUUUGCGGCACUUUUUUCGCAAGCGAUUCACGACCACAUGAAUUCUGCGGGUGAUUCAAUGGAUACGGAGGACAUGGAGGCCGCGCGCCGCUAUUUUGGGUCGUUGGCCUACACCAUGCUCAGCCUCUUCAUGAGUAUCUCUGGUGGUGUGAGCUGGUUUGAAGUCAUUCGUCCCCUCGAGGCGAUCUCCCUCGGAUGGGUCUUUUGCUUUCUAUUUUAUGUGAGUUUUACGUACUUCGCUGUGCUGAACGUCGUAACCGCGGUGUUUUGUCAAGUUGCCAUAGAUAGUGCACAACAAGACCAUGCGUCGGUCAUCCAGUCCAUCCUCGAAAACAAGGAGGCCCACCUGGAGAAGAUUCGUCGACUCUUCAGCCAGUUCGGCGGGGAGGACUGCACGACAAUUACUUUUGCGAUGUUUGAGGAAACGAUCAAAUCGCCAGAGGUUCGCGAGUACUUUGAAAGCUUGGGCCUUGACAUCUGGGACGCAUGGUCGUUUUUCAAGCUCUUAGAUCUGGACGCUGGUGGUGAGGUUGAGAUCGACGAGUUCCUGAUGGGAUGUUUGCGUUUGAGAGGCAAUGCGCGGGCUGUCGAUGUUGGAAAGCUUAUCCACGAUCAGACCUGGCUCAUCAAAAUGUUUGGACGCUUUCAAUGCCACGUGGAGGAUCAGUUGUCUCAGCUGACUGCAGCGCUCUCAGUGCCGUUGGGAUCUGACGGCGUUGAGACAGUAUGUGACGACCAGGGCUCUGGAUUUGGGCCCGAUGUUGCUUGCACGCCUUUGAAGCACCAUCAGAUUGCCUCAGAAGGGCUGCAUCAAGUCAUGUCGGUGCACUAUCCGUGA